GAGAGAGGAGGGAUCUAGAAGUGAGAGAGGGAGACAGUGAGAGUGAGAGUGGAGGAGUGAAGACCGGAGCUCCGACACUUUUUCUCCACUUUUCCGCUCUUUCUUCUCUCUCUCUCUCUCUCUCUCUCUCUCUCUCUCUCUCUCUGUCUGUCUCGCGCUCGCUGUGGAAUUCGGUGAAGAGUCGCGCGCGGUUUAACGGGAGAUCUGCAGAACCGGAACCGGAGCCGGAGUGAGUGAGUGAGUGAGUGAGGGAAGAACAGAGGAAAGAAGAAGAGACGGAGGAAUAGAGAGAAGAAGAAGAGGACAGGAUGUGGAGGUGUCCGAGACAGAGCGCGAGCUCCUUUUCAUUACCGACCCGAGUUUACCGAACAGGAGCGGAUUUCCGGUGCGCGUGAGGAGCAGAACAGAGCAGAACAGAAGAGAAGAGAGGAGAAGAGAAGAGAAGAGAGGAAUUACUGAGUGGAUAAAGUGCAGAAGUGUGAGCUGGAUGAGUGCACGCGCGAGGAGAAAGGUCCUGGGCUCCAGAUGUCCCACUGCCUGAAAUUGUCCUGGGUUGAGACCCAGUGGAGUGUAACGGAGAGGAAAGGAGGAGUCGUGGGCUUCUCAGCUUCUCAGCUCCAGGGCUGCCGUUGCAAUUUCACACAGGCUCUGGGCCAAACAAGUCCUGCCGUGCUUUGAUAUUUUAGCAUGGAUGGCGCCAAUCAUGGAACCUCUGACCUCGAAAAAGAGAGCGUGGCGCUGAGGUGGAGGACUAGCAAUUAUCGAAGGAUUAACCCCGGACUUCCUCUCUGCGAACUCUGCAUUAGUGCGAUCCUAUAAAGCACCUUGGUGGAUUUACUUCUCCUCCUCUUAAACCACAGAUUUUGUGGGUGGCUUUGAGGUUUUUUUCUUUCUUUCAUUCUCAUUUUCCCACAAUGGAGUUCCAAGUCGGACGGUGGAAUAACGAUUGGACCUCAUUUGUUCGAUUUUGGUUUACCGUAUUGCUGAGUUUGCAUGUGCAGUUCGAUCUCGUUGCAUCAUGUCCCAAAGAGUGUCGUUGCGACAAAACUUAUAUUUACUGUAAUGAGAGGAGUUUGACAUCUGUGCCUCUGGGUAUUGGGGAGGGAUACAAGUUCCUCUACCUCCACAACAACCAGAUCAACAGCGCUGGAUUUCCGAUGGAGCUCCACAAUGUGGCAUCGGUGGAGACUGUCUACUUGUAUGGGAACCAGCUGGACGAAUUCCCUCUCAACCUUCCCAGAAAUGUAAAAAUACUCCAUUUACAGGAAAACAACAUUCAGACCAUUUCCAGAGCAGCACUUGCCCAGCUACCCAAGCUGGAAGAACUGCACUUGGACGACAACUCCAUCUCCACAGUUGGAGUGGAGGAAGGGGCUUUUCGGGAAGCGGUAAACCUUAAGCUCCUCUUCCUCACCAAGAAUCACUUGAGCAGUGUUCCUAUCGGAUUACCAGCAGACCUUAAGGAACUGCGUCUGGAUGAAAACCGCAUUGCCGAGAUAGAUGAAGGAGCUUUUCAAAAUGUUACCAAUCUACAGCGGCUGUUACUGGAUGGAAAUCUUCUGGAGGAUGAUGCCAUUGCUCCCGGUACCUUUAAGAACCUGGUCAACCUCAAAGAGCUUUCGUUAUCCCGGAAUUCUCUCACGAUGCCACCACCUUUGCUUCCUUCGGUGUCUCUUACUAAACUGAACCUGCAGGAAAACCAGAUUAAAGACAUCCCCGUUUUGGUUUUCUCCGAGCUCAGGAAGCUUGAGAAACUCGAUCUAUCGACUAACCUGCUACAGACUGUACCACAGGGUGUGUUUGAUGGGCUGAGAAGCCUGACAUAUCUCAAUGUUCGAAGCAACCAUUGGCGCUGCGAUUGCGCUAUCAAGUGGAUUGUCUUUUGGCUGAAGUCCUUGCCAUCUUCCGUGAACGUCCGCGGAUUUGCAUGUCACCAACCAGACAAGCUAAAGGGCAUGAUAAUCCGAGAACUCAACCUUGAUGUCCUUCAGUGUCCGGCUAGUACUGAAAUCGAUCCGUGGCUGACUCGCUUACCUCCGUCUCCAUCACCGCCUCGUAGAACCACCAUCCCUCCCAGAACCACCCCCGUCACCACCAUGUCAACCACAGUUUUCCACCCAACCACAACCAAUCCCACGCCUCCAGUGCCCAAUUUCCCGCCUGCUCACUAUCCUCCCUACGAAGACCCUUUGAAAAUAUCCUUGAAUGUCGUGAACAGCACAUGCGUGGAGGUUAGCUGGGAAUCUUAUUUCACUGUGACGGCUUACAAAGUCACCUGGGUCAAGAGGAGUCAGAAUUUAAUGAUGGAUAUUAGCCAAGAGAGGACGGUCCCUGGAGAGCAACGGAGACUUAACUUGUACGACUUGGAACCUAGAUCCAAGUACCGGAUCUGUGUUUACAUUCUGGAUUCCUUAAAUAGUUACAGACCCGGAGAGGAUACGAUCUGUUCAGAGAUAAGGACCAAAUCAGCCUCGAAAAACUCCAACAAUCCGUCUGAGUUGGAUCAGGUUGCACAACAGGACGUCAUGUCUACGUUCCUUUUAGCUGGCGUGAUCGGGGGCGUUGUGCUGAUUGUUUUGAUAAUAUUACUUAGUCUCUUUUGCUGGUACAUGCACAAGAAGAGCAGGUCUUCCUGUUCCUCAUCCAAAUGGAAAUACAACAGAGGCAGGAGAAAAGAUGACUACUGUGAAGCCGGCACCAAGAAGGAUAACUCCAUCCUGGAAAUGACCGAGACCAGCUUUCAGAUUGUGCCGCUGAACAAUGAGCAGCUUCUGAAGGGCGAUUUCAGGAUCCAGCCCAUUUACACACCCAAUGUUGGCAUUGGAUACAGAGACUGCCACCUCAGUAACAACAGCAUUGUUUACUGCAAGAGCAGCAAUGUUCCUGGUGUGGAAUUUUGCCACACGUGAUGCUUUGACCAUUUUUUACAGACGUAAUAAACAUUCACUGUACGAUUGUACAAUGCACACACACAGUUUUAUAUCUAAAUCAAAAUCUAAAUAUGAAUAUAUCCCCAUGGUAAUUUAUAUUGCAGAAAAUUACGUGGAAUUCGGCUUUGGGUUUGUUCUUUAUUUUUCUUAGCAAAUGGUUUUGUAAUUAGCGUGGACCUGGUGUAAGUCAGUUGUGUUUGUACAAUCAAGGCUGGUGUUAAGUGCAUUAGUCCAGGUUUUCUGCCUCUCGGGUGUGAACGUCGAUACCUCGCUGAGAACCGAAACACAAACCCCUGCAGAGAAACAGUAGUUAAGAUAACAAACUGGUGAGGAAAAUUAAACACCGCUGAUUAGCCUGCAGUGGAAAAAAUAAUACAGGAGCGGAGCUGUUUUUACUUUUUUUCGUGCAGUCUUGUUGUCGACGUGGCGGAGUGCAGCAGUCGUUCAGGAAAUUGAGCUUUUUGUGAAAGUCACAUCUGAACAUGGUUACAACAUUUCAACACCACAAAAGCUAGCGAGGGGCCAAGAGAAAGAGCUUGUGAGUUGAUCUACAAGCUGGUGUAGUGUUUGGUUUGGCUUUCUGCCACCAGAGGGCAGGUUUUUUUUUCCUCUGGAGGAUUCUUUCAACCAUUAACCAAACGUUACAGAUCCAGUACCACUAAUUUCAUAUUGCUUUUUUUGUUUUUGCCGUCGUGUUUAGAUUUUCAUGUCAAACAAAGUCAAACAUACAGAGGGUUGCUGGGGUUUUGGGAGGUUUUUGGAGCAGGUGUCUAUGAGCUCAUACACUCAAUCACUGGUGUUUAAUGUCUGUGUGUCUCGCUCUGGAGGCUCCUUACAAAUUAUUUUAGAGGAUUUACAAAUUAUACACCCUUCCUAACGAGCACUGGAGUCUGUGGUGCGUUAUUAUCUCAUACAAUAAUGUUAUUUUUGGUCCAUCUUGAGUUCGACACCUCGUAUAGUCGUCCUUUCUGCCUCUUUCACUUUGCCGGAAAGCUAGAUCUCUCUGUUGCCUGUUUUGUGCUUAUAUGGUUACAGGUAUGGCUCGGAUUUUCCUCUGUUUUCUUUUUACUGAUCAAGUGCUACUUUAAUCAGGCAGCUGUUUAGGUAGGAUGAUGAAUUGUAGAGCAGCAAAAAAUUGCUUCUUGAAUCCGAGCAAAGUGGUAUGUGCCAGAGCUCGGUUUGCCCUCAGAUCCCUGCAUGAGCGCAAUUAAAACUAUUUUUAAUGCUGCGCUGGUUUUUCCAAGCCAGGGCGCCUGCUUAGGGAUGGCGUUUUUUUUCACUGUGGAGAACUCCUUAUUAUGCACUGUUACUCGCUGACUUUAUUUGCUUUGACAAGAUUUUAUUUCGUGGGUCAAGUUCAAAGGAUCUCUCCCUUCUCGCUCAUAAUCCCUGGUUCUGAAAAAAAGGAAAGAAAGAAAAAGAAAAAGGACGAGAAAUAUGUAGAGGUUAUUUUCGCCCUGGAGGAAUGAAUCAGGAAAAAGAGACAGAGAGAGAGAGAGAGAGAGAGAGAGAGAGAAGAGGCUGAUUGAAAGCGUUUAACCCUUUGGAGACUGGCAGGGUAAUAAUUUUGGAGAAAUAAAGCCAGCUUGUGAACAUCAUCGAGCUCAGAUUGUUCAGAGCGCAGACGUAAUUCGAACUCCACAUGUUCGAACUGUAAAAAAACCCACAAGUAUUUUGUUCAUGUAGCAAAAACAGAUGUGUCUCUGAGAAAGAGGAAAGAAAAAGCGCUACUGGACUUAUGCGGCUGUCGAAGUAUUUUUCUCAGACUGCGCUGACCCUCGUUCCACACAGCCGGAGUUUGUGUUUGAGAAUUGAAACUUUAUUUUAUUCAGAACUUUUUCCUAAAAAAAAUUCCUCAUACACCAGAAAGUUCAUACACCAAACAACGUGCUGUUGUAGGAAAAGCAUCAACUUCAGGGUGGAAGCAGGAACUCCGUCACUACGUAUUUUAUUGCUUAUGUAUAAAGAUGCAGCUGAUUCAGCAGUAUAGAGCUUUGAGGCUAAAGUAGCUAGCGAGUAACGGAAGCCUGUAGCCUCCAGGUUAGCAUCGUACACUUAUUCACUGCAUGCUGAUUUCGUUAUAAAGUUUACACGACGCUAAAAUGGCACCACUUUGCUAAUGGAACGCAUCUGGGGUAAAGAAGUGGUUUUUUUCUGAACGGCUCUUUUAAAAGAACGUUCUACCUGGACGACGUUUUCAUCCUGAACCUCGGCAGCAUCUCUUUCUUGCUCUAAACGACGUGAUCUUCGUACUGGUCUAAAAUUACGACUUUAAAAAAUUAAGAUCCUGGCUUUUUUUUCUUUUCAGAAGCACAAACGCUGCCGGUGGAGCCUCGAUGAUUACGGGCUCAUCAGCUCCUGCUUACUUGGCGAUCAUGCUAACGCUUCGAGAAUGUGAGCACAGAAGCUCAGAAACAUUCGUUCACGUUGGGCUUUUUUGUGAAGACGGAUUUUAAUGAAUAGUUGUGGAUUUAAUGCGUCAUGUCUCAUAAAACUGUACAAUCUCUCUCUCUCUCUCUCUCUCUCUCUCUCUCUCUCUCUCUCUCUGUGUGGUGGAUUUUAUUCUUCACGAGCCGACGUUCACUGAUUGAGUCCAGACUGUUUUUUUUUCUUCCAAAAUUCAUGACGAACGGUUUUAAUCAUCAGCUGCACCUCUAAAGUUUCAGAGAAAGAAAGCAGGAGUGGAAAUUACCCAGACGACAUUUUGCAUUUUUGCCUUUUAAUGACGCAGUGACUCAGACGUUGAUGUUUUGUGUUUAUUUGCAGAGCGUGUUCAGGGGUUCGGGACUGAGUGACUGAUUCGCACCGAUUCAGAUUGGAAUAAUUAGCAGAAACGGUUGUGAGGCGGAUUUGAGCAAAACGCGGUUGCAAAUUAAUGAUCUACAUGUCCUUAAAUCUUCCAAAUCUCAAUCAUUAUUUAAUUAUUAAUUAUUUAAUUAUUUAAUUUGAAUAAAGAACACACACUUGCUUAUUUUGGAAAACCAAGAAAAAGCCAUAACGUCUGUAAAUCUCGAGCGUUUCGAUUAUUAGCUUUACCUCCAGCUCCAAAACAUCAUCACUACAUCACAACAUUUUAUUUUAUUUUAUUUUAUGGGUUAAACUGGAUAAUCCCGAGAGAUCCACAGCAACCAAAGCGACUUUUUCUUCAUUUUUUUAAAUUUCACAAUCUCUUUGUUGUCUCAUGUACGUGCCUUGAAAAUGACUUUACAGUGUAGUCCUCGACACCUUUAAUGUUUUUUGCACAAAUUGUACAUAAAGAGGUUUUUUCUUUGUUUUUUGUUUGUUUUUUUAAAUAAAGAAUUUGGAUUUGAA